AUGGAGUCUUUUCUCAACACAGUGGGGAAUCUCCUCCCAUAUCAUCUUCUCUCCUACGGGGCUCUCCUCGGAACAGAGCUCUAUCAGAGCUUUAUCAACACAAAAAUAUGUUACCAAGCCUUACCAAUGAAGGAGUUCAUCAUCCUCCAAAAGCGCCUUUUCCCCGUCUACUUCGGGACGCAAGUCGGACUCACAGCCCUGACGGCCGCAACACACCCACCGUACAGUAUCUUAUCACUGGUACAAGACCCAUGGAGUGUGGCCCCUCUUGCUGUCGCCGGUUUGACCGGAUGUCUGAAUUGGUUCAUCUAUGGGCCUCGGACGACGACUGCGACGUUGGUCAGGAGGGCACUACAGGAGAGCGAGAACACAGAUGCUGACUCAGAUGGGUCAAAGGUGCACCGUGCUAACCGAACCUUUUCGCGAAAUCACGCAAUGGCCAUCCAUUUGAAUGCUAUCGCCAUGAUAGCUACUGUAUUUUACGGAUUCUCCCUGUCUGCUACUCUUUCAGCAGGACUCUAG